AUGCUUGAAUACAGUCCUCCUCCUGCGGCAACCGAUGCGACACCAGUUGGAGAGGGCAGCCUGAGGCGGCCCCUGAGUGCCGAUGUCCCUAUGCCUAACAGGUUCACCUCGUUCGACAGGGUUAACUCCUUCCAUCGGUUCGGCUUGGACAAGGAGCUCCUUGUUAGUCUGCAUAGUUCUGGUGCCGUCACACCCACCAGAACGCAGGAGGUGUGCAUACCCGCUAUAAUGGAGGGCCAGUCGGUGCUCGUAGUGGCACAGACUGGGUCAGGGAAGACUAUGGCUUACGUGUUGCCUAUCCUCCAUAGACUCCUGAGGUCCAAUCCUGACAACCUCUACCCUCUGGAGAACAAGCCCAGAGCGGUCAUUCUGGUGCCCACUAGGGAGCUCGCGAUACAAGUGAUUAAAGUAGUGCGCCAACUGACAGCACAAGGCUGUAGAGAGGUUACUAGCACUGGUUUGGCUGCUGGGUUAAGCUAUGUUAAAGAGGCGAGGGCUCUCAACCAAGGAAGGGGAGAUGUCGUGGUGUGUACUCCUGCGAGGUUGCUCCUGCAUCUGAUGAAGGGAAAUGUGAAGUUGGGCGAAGUGACGCAUCUUGUGAUAGAUGAGGCCGAUACCUUGUGUGAUACCUUCUAUGAGAAGGAGGUUGCCGAUGUAAUUUCCAAGACAUUCAAGGCCCGAGGCGCCGCGAGGUCUGCCCCUCUGGUGGCCUUCGUGGGCGCUACAAGGACAGGAGCGGUCAGUAACUUCGUACGAACCUCCGUCCCGACCCAUGUGGUGGUGAACCAAGUCGUUGCUCCCGAUGCUCACAUGACCGUCCCAGCUCUCGAACAAGUAAGUUGGUACACCGUCGAGGUCUUCGUCCCGAUGGGGGGCCGUAAGAGAAGUAACGCCUUGGUUGACACACUUGAAGAGCGACAAGUGCGAGGCCAGAAGACCCUUAUAUUUACCAACACUGUAGCACGGUGUAGAGGAGUUGCCAAGAUGCUCGAGGCUGAGGGCUAUAGUGUCAGCUUACUCCACGGGGAGAUGGCCUUCAAGAACCGACGGAAGGAGUUCGCCUCAUUCAAGGGUGCCUCAAAGACUGGCACACCAGCGAAGGAAAUUAUGGUUUGCACCAAUCUGGCUAGUCGAGGCUUGGACUUUGACGAUGUGGGCCAUGUGGUUAUGUACGAUUUCCCUUACACGCUGGCGGACUACAUUCACAGAGUCGGCCGAACGGCAAGAGCAGGUUGGAAAACGAUUACGAAGAAGCGGAAGACGUUUUCCCUGCCAGGCCGAGCAGGUCGAGUUACGGUACUGUUUCGGAAGAAAAAUCUCCCAGUGGUUCGGAAAAUUCAAGAGGCCAGUCGGGCGUCGAGGCCUCUAGAUGUCCGAUUCGCGUCUAAGAGCAUCAAUAAAAUACUAAAACUAGAGAAGCUGAAGCAGGACCUUGAGACGAAAAAGGUGAAGUUGAAAAAACGUAGUGCUUAUGAUUGGUAUCUUGCCCGUCGCAAGAAGAUGGGUUUACCACCAAGGGACAAUCUGUGUGGGCCUGCUAAGCGGGCUGUUAUACAGGAAUGGCGAAAGCGGUACCGCAUGGAUAAGAAGUUGGUGGAAUUGGUAAGCCGAGGAAGGUUGAAGAAGGGCGAGGUCUUACCCAAGAUGCCCAAUCAUAACGUAACGCGGAGCGACUCGCAAGAGCAGUCGGUGCUCAAAAGGGACGCGGAUACGGGGUCGAUGUUGCGUGUUAAUGUCCGACGUAGCGAGCGGCUUCUGGUUAAAAAAGGCCUCCUUAAACCAGCUGAUGAUGAGGAAGGUCAUGUUGAGAUCAGAGAUGUCCAAGUUGGUGAUGGUAUCGUAUUACCCAAGAAGGAACGGACAAAGCGAGAGAAUCGUAUGGUGUUCUGA